ACUGUGUCAGAGGAGCCGGAGAUCUUAAUCUAGAGAGCUUCAUAAGAGCAACAAUUCCUUGUGAAUUCUCGAGAUCUUCCGUGCUGAUCGUCGUCCCAAUCGUAGAAUCUGCGGAUUUUGAUUUGUGUGUUCUUCCUUGAUUGUAUUGCUCGACUCCAUUUCUUCGAUUACUACGCAAUGUCUUCAGCGCAAGAUCCGUUCUAUAUUGUGAAAGAAGAGAUUCAGGAAUCUAUUGAUAAGCUGGAAUCUGCUUUCCACAAAUGGGAGCGUGUCUCUCCAGGAAUGGGGGAUCAAGUUCAUGUCACCAAGGAGCUUCUUGCUAACUGUGGAAGCAUUGAGUGGCAGGUCGAUGAGCUGGAAAAAGCGGUUAAUGUUGCAGCGAAAGAUCCUGCCUUGUAUGGCAUUGAUGAAGCUGAGCUUGAGAGACGGAGGAGAUGGACUAGUAAUGCUAGGACACAGGUGCGGAAUGUGAAGACUGGUGUUCUAGCGGGUAAGGGUAGUGUUGGAGCUGGUAAUGCGAGUGAAGUGCGUCGAGAGCUAAUGAGAAUGCCAAACUCGAAUGGAGCAAGUAGAUACGAUCAGUAUGGAGGAAGAGACGAUGAUGGAGGGUUUGUGCAGUCAGAAUCAGAUAGGCAAAUGCUGUUGAUAAAGCAACAAGACGAAGAAUUGGAUGAGUUGAGUAAAAGUGUAGAGAGAAUUGGAGGAGUGGGGCUUACUAUACAUGAUGAACUUGUUGCACAGGAGAGAAUAAUAGAUGAAUUGGGUACAGAGAUGGACAGUACGAAGAACAGGCUAGAGUUUGUUCAGAAAAAAGUGGGGAUGGUGAUGAAGAAAGCAGGAGCGAAAGGGCAGAUGAUGAUGAUAUGUUUCUUGCUCGUCUUGUUCAUCAUUUUAUUCGUUCUCGUCUUCUUGACCUAAACACACUGUCAUUUUGUUUUGUUAUGUUUUGUGGUGAAACAGAAGGGAACCCAUUACACAUACUUUGUGGCAUUUUGUUGCUACAAGAUGAGAUGACUUUUUUCACAUAAACAAACAUUUUAUACGAAAAUAAAAGAAAUCAUAGUGUUUACGUGUUUUGGAUUGCGUCAAAAAUGGGGGUGUAAAAAGAUGAUAUAAUAGUCAACGAAAAGGAACUUGGGAA